GCAGCAUUGCCUUUGGGCUAGCUCACAGAUGAGUGUUAGCAGUUAGCUUCUCUUCAGACCUGUGGCGAUGCGAUGCUACAACCAGAGUGUUUCAACCCUCCACGGGGGGACCUGCUGGAUUUAUCACUUCGUGGAAACGCUGAGUUAUUUCGCGGUUUAGAUGCGAACAGCUGCAGCCGAACACAAGAGCUAGCAUCGGACAGGAAAUAAGUUAGCUAACUUGAUUUCAUUUAGCUCGGAGUUAGCAUUAGCAGCAAGCCUGGGAGUCGUUAGCACUUUUGUAAACAAAAACUAACUUUAAAAGUACGUAGAGCGAAUAAAAGACAAUAACAAAGCAGUAACACGUGUAACAGGUGAACUUGUAACAGAAGUUGUUGAUCAGGAUAUGAGGUGUUCCUCUUCUGCAGAACACAUCAGAUGACUUCUCCGUCGCCUUUAAAGAGCAGCUCGUGGGAGUUCAGUCACUGAGGCGCUCAACUGCUCAUCAUGGCGAGUGCUUUAGCCUCCAAGCUGGGAUUGAACUCCCUGAUGAGAAAACAGAGCAGGAACUUCCACGUCAGGAUCUGCACGAUGGAGUCAGACAUGGAGUUCAGCUGCGAGUCUAAGUGGAAAGGAAAAGACCUUUUCGACAUGGUAUGCCGAGCUCUGGGACUGAGGGAGACGUGGUUCUUUGGGCUCCAGUACAACAUCAAGGACACCGUUGCUUGGCUGAAGAUGGAAAAGAGGGUUCUGGAUCAGGAGGUGCCAAAGGAGGAACCGAUUACCCUCCACUUCCUGGCAAAGUUUUACCCUGAAAAUGCUGAGGAGGAGCUAGUGCAAGACAUAACACAGCAUCUCUUCUUCUUACAAGUAAAGAGGAGGAUCCUGGAGGAGGAGAUUCACUGUCCGCCCGAGGCCUCCGUUCUGCUGGCAUCCUACGCUGUCCACGCCAAGUACGGAGACUACGACCCUAAUGUUCACAAACCUGGCUUCCUGGCUGAGGAGGAACUUCUGCCAAAGAGAGUGAUUAACUUGUACCAGAUGACUGCAGAAAUGUGGGAGGAGAGGAUCACAGCGUGCUAUGCGGAGCACAGGGGCAGGACAAGGGAUGAAGCCGAGAUGGAGUAUUUAAAAAUAGCUCAGGACCUGGACAUGUAUGGCGUCAAUUACUUUUUAAUCAGGAAUAAAAAGGGAACAGAUCUUCUUCUGGGAGUGGACGCCCUGGGCCUGCACAUCUACGAGCCGGACAACAGGCUGACGCCCAAGUGCUCCUUCCCCUGGAAUGAGAUCCGCAACAUCUCCUACAGCGACAAGGAGUUUACCAUCAAACCUCUGGACAAAAAGACCAAUGUUUUCAAGUUCAACUCUUCACGGUUGAGAGUCAACAAAUUGAUCCUUCAGCUGUGUAUAGGGAACCACGACCUGUUUAUCCGCCGGCGACGGGUAGACUCGCUUGAAGUGCAGCAGAUGAGGGCCCAGGCCAGAGAGGAGAGGGCCAGGAAACAGGUGGAGAGGCAGCGUCUGCAAAGGGAGAAGCAGCUGCGGGAGGAGGCAGAGCGAGCCAGGGACGAGUUGGAGAGGAGACUGAUGCAGCUGCAGGAUGAGGCUCACAUGGCCAACGACGCCCUGCUGCGCUCCGAGCAGACGGCCGACCUGCUGGCUGAAAAGGCCCAGAUCGCGGAGGAGGAGGCCAAGCUGCUGGCCCAGAAAGCUGCCGAGGCUGUGACAGAGAUGCAGCGCAUCAAAGUCAGUGCCAUCCGCGGUCAGGAGGAGCGCCGGCUCAUGGAGCAGAAGAUGCUGGAGGCAGAGAUGCUGGCUCUCAAGAUGGCUGAGGAGUCGGAAAGGAGGGCCAAGGAGGCUGAGCAGCUGAAACAGGACCUGCAGGAAGCCAGGGAGUCGGAGCGCAGGGCAAAGCACAAGUUGCUGGAGAUUACAACCAAGGCUGUCUACACGUCUCCUGGACUCCCGCCCGACAGCAUGCCUCCCGAUCUGAGCUUCAGCAGAGAGAACCUCAGCUUUGACUUUAAAGAUACGGACAUGAAACGCCUCUCCAUGGAGAUCGAAAAAGAGAAGGUCGAGUACAUGGAGAAGAGCAAGCACCUGCAGGAGCAGCUGAACGAGCUGAAGACGGAGAUUGAGAGUCUGAAGCUGAAAGAGAGAGAGACUCCUCUGGACAUCAUUCACAACCAGAACACAGAGCAGGGCACGAGCAAGCAGAGCAACUUUAAAAAGCUAACACUACAGAGCACCAAGACCAGAGUGGCCUUCUUCGAGGAGCUUUAAAAAAAACAUGCCGGUGAAGGUGAAGGACGCACAAACAGCCAUGAACCUCUCGUUUCUACAUUCCUGGUCAGUGUAAAUGACUGACGACACUACAAGGCCUUAGUACUUCCUGUGAGCCACUACGAAACACUCAAACAAAUGACCACUGCCUUGAUCUGCGCCAACUCUCAUCGCAUUUUAUUCUUGUGCUAAAUCUGGGAUUUCUAUUUUUAAAAAUGUGUGUUUACAGUAAUUGUGUGAAAGACAGAACAUUCCCCUUUUUAAACUUUGAAGUGACCUCGGCUGUGGGCCUUUUUUAAAUUUUUUUUAGCGUUGGAAAAGGUAGACAAUGCAAAAAGGGAAAAGAAAAGAAUCGUGUGAUAUGAUCUUUGGCGGCUCUCGUUACUCUGUGGGCCUAACGAGUCUGUAUCUGUGGAGAUCACAGUGGUUAUUGUAUCAUGUUCAAACAGGCUGACCUACAUUCUCUGAUUCAUCUGUUUUGAAAUUCAAACAGAAACGAGCCACGAAGGGAUUAAGUUGAAUAAGUGUAAGAUAUGUACUUAGCGUGUACGCUUGACUUCCUUCUUCCUAAACACAGACCAUUUGUCGCAUUCCAAUUUAUUCGAAAUGCCAAUUUCCUCCAUAUAAUAUAUAAAAUAUUCUGUCUUUGCUUAAUGACCUCACGUUGCCUUAGCUCUGUUGUGUCAGUGGAAGCAUUCAAAAAGAAAACACAGCGCAUUUCUUUGCCAUCGAACAUUUUCAGAGCCAUGUAUUGUUAACGGCAGGAGCGGAUGGACUGUGGUGAAAUGUAGGCACAGUGUUAAACAGGAGGCCUGAGGACUAAUGUGUACAUCUUGAACACACAGAGACGUCACGUAACAUAUCCGUUGCUGCCUCCAGCAGUUAUCAGAGCGCACUACGCUCCCAUCUCGAAAGUGGAGAGACGAUCAUUUGUACUUUGUGUUUCUUAGAAUCUGAACUGGAUGAAGGAACCGGGAUAUUGUUUUUUGUAGAUGUGAGCUUAUGUCACGUCUGACAUCGAUCUCAUUUUAAUGUGUGAAACAAACCACUUUUGAAUUUGCAUUUAUUUUAAAAUUCAUGUGUCUUUCUUGAAUUAAUGUACUCUCUCCCUUUUAAAGCUAUUUUUUUUGGGGGGGGGGAAUUGUAAUGUGAAGACAUUUUUAUUUUUUCUUUGUCUACUAAGAAUAGAAAGCAGUAUUUAAAAUGAAACCUGUGGUGAAGUUACAUAUUUCUACAUAAACCUUGUGACAGAAGUGUAUGUUGUUCCUGUAAAAUAAAUGAAUAUCAGGUC